AUGGCCGCCGUCAUCAAGUUCACUCUCCCAACCGCGCGUCUCGACCACGACCCCGAGAUCUACCUGACGUACGACCCGACCAUCUCGCGCCCCACCGAAGACCUCAGCCUUUCGCUCACAGACCUGCGACCUGAGCUCGAGGGAGUCGUACCGGCUGUCGCCGUGGCCGACCAGCUCAACAAGCGCGGAUUCGCAGUGGCCAAACAUACGAGUGGACACCUCGAUGGCCUGCCGCACGUGGAGGGGACCAAGCUGUAUCUGGCGGAGACUGCAGAGCUCCUGCGGACCCAACUCGGAUGUACGCGCGUGAUUGCGUGGAACUCUGUGUGCCGCAAAAACGACGCGAGCGUCGAGCUCAAGGACGUGCCCAAGCAGAAGGGGCCCGAGGAAGGGUUCGUCCCGACCGAGCGCAAGCAGCCCAUUGCGGGCGUGGCGCAUGUGGACCAGGACGAGGUCUGGGGAGCCGAGCUCGUCGACAAGGCCACGGGCGGGACGGCGUACGUCCGCGCGCAGAUUGUCAAUAUCUGGCGCCCGCUCAGCGGACCAGUGACCAACGCGCCGCUCGCCAUGCUGGGCUUUGGGGAUAUUGGACCCGACGACCUCUCCAAGCACGCGAGCAUGUUUGGUGUCGGCAUGGACCUGCACCAUUCACAGGGCCAGCAGUGGGCGUACAUCCACCACCAGCUGCCUGACGAGGUCAUCUACCUCAAGUGUUUCGACUCGUUCCAGGGCAGCGACGGCAGUGCGCUGUACUGCGGCCAUGUGGCGGUCGAGAUUGACGAUACGCCAGGUGUGGACCCGGACAAGGUCGUGCCCAGGGAGAGUGUCGAGGUGCGCCUGGUCGCGCUGUGGGAGUAG